AUGUCUUUUUCGCCCGAGAUUCUCAAGAAAAAGUUGGCAUCUCUUCAAGAUACCCAGGACUCCAUUGUUUCCAUUUCUCAAUGGGUUUUGUUUCAUCACCGCCAUAGUGCCGACAGCGCCAAGUUCUGGUCGCAGUACACAUUAAGCAUUCCCACCGCAGCUUCUGCCAACUUGAAAAAUCCAUCUUCUAAGAAGUUGUCGUUGUUGUACCUCUGCAACGAUGUGGUCCAGCAAGCUAGAAGAAAGAGGAAACUUGAGUUCAUCAAUGAUUUUGCCACCGUCUUACCAGCAGUCUUGCGCAAAACAUUCUACAACGUUGAUAGUGCCACCAAGCCCAAAAUUGAACGUUUGAUCAGCGUUUGGGAACAAAGACAAAUCUUUUCGCCGCCUCAAAUAGCACAGAUGAAAGAAGCUCUUCGCACUCCUCCACCUUCUACCCAUAAUGGGAACUCUGAAAAAAAAUCAAGUAGCAAUAGUAGCAGUAAUAGCACAGACUCACUGUCGGCCAGUGUGGCGCCCGAAUUGAAUCAUCUUAACGAAUUGUUCUUACACUUAAACCAAUUAACUGACAUCAGCCAGGCUAAUCUCACCCAGUUUGGAAUUCAGUCUAAGACGUACUUGCCUCUGGACCCAUCGAUGUCAGAGAACUUACCCUCGCCCAAGAUAUAUAUUUCCAAACUCAAUAUGUUGGAGAAGUUAAGCAAGGUUUCUAUAGUAAAUAUUAAGGAAAUAAAAGAUGUGAAAUUGCAAAUCUCCAACCAGUUGGAGAACUUAUCAAAGAUCAUCUCCGAAGGAACAAAGACUGAAGACAGCAAGAUCCUGAUCAUAAACGACAAGUUGAUUCGGUUGAACGAGACUAGAGAAGAGUUGAAGGAAAUGUUAGACGAUGGAAUGAACGGCGCAAGUCACGAUGCUGGAUUGGAAGAUAAGGACGAAGAACCUUCUCCAUCGUUCGAGACCACUGCUGAAUCCAAGAGACCUACGUUUGUUGACGAUGAUGAUAAUGAUGAUUUACCGACCUACGAGAACGACGAUGAAGGUGAAGAUGAAAGUAACAGCGACAACGAAUUGCCUUCUAAGAAGAAGAGAAGACUUUCGCAGACACCUUCAGGAGGAUCGACUCCUUCUUCAUUGAAACGAGUGGCAUUUUCUGAAGACAUUGAAGUCAAGGAGUUCGAUCGCGAAGAGCAAACAGACAUCAUCAAGAUCGUAAAGAGUGACGACGAUACCAGUGACUUCGAUGUCUAUGAUAGCGAUAAUGACGAGUUGGACCAGCAGAAGGCAAUGAGUAGCGAAUUCGGCAAACACCAUAAGGAUGUCUUAGAAUUGAAGCACCAACAUGAUGCGCAAGUAACCGACGAAGAUGAAGAUGCCAAUGAAGAUGCCGACGAUGAUGCCUAUAGUCCCUCUUCUGGAAACGAGUACGAUCCAGGAUCGACUGACAACGACGAAUCAAGGUCUACGGCGCAGGUGGACAUCAUGAGUUUACUUUCAAAACUAGCAUAGCCUUUACUUUUUCUUUAAAUGGAACUAAUUGUAUUAAUAUUCAUCUAUAAUUAAUAAUCUCUAUAAUAACCUUAAUUUAAUAUAAGCCCAAAGUCGUUG